UUCGGACCACCUUUGUCCGAUUUAAACACGAUUGUGGGCUUCUUUUGGGCCCCACUCACGAACGAGCUACCAAACGAAACAUUUCGACUUUUAAAGAAUGAGUGGAAUGCAAACCACUUCGGUGGCGGCAGGUCCCGUUCCACAGAAGGAGACCAUCAUCCUUGCCACCGUAGGACCGCCGGAGCCUCCAAAACCCGCAGUUACCGUUAAUAACAAUGGAUACUUUUCCCGAGUCAAGAAGGGAAACAGUGUAGUUAGUGGAGUUUUCUUUUUACUCGUCUAUGGCGGAAUGGAUCUGGCCUCAAGCUUGGGCUGGAAUCACACCUUCAACGUUUUCUUAUUCACGGAGUAUUCGUACUGUUGGUUCAUAGGUGUCAUCAUUGGAGCUUUUGCCACCAUUCUCACCAUGUCAUAUCUGCCCAAGCAAGUCUACUAUGUCCUAGGAGCUUUGUUGCAGCUAACUGGCUCUAUUAUCUUCACCGCUGCUCCUGGGGACUACGCAUCUUGUUUGGCCGCCCGCUACUUGGCCGGCUUGGGCAUUGGCCUGCUUACGGUGCCCUUCCUCAUCCACAACGCCGAGGUGGCGGGUACCAACUUUCGCGGCGUGAGCGCCGGUCUGGAGCAGUGCGCCCUGGCCUUGGGAAUCGAAGUCCAGGUGAUCUACAUCACGGAGUGGUCUUCGAUAGUAGGAGCUGAACCCAACUUGAUACACGGCAUCAUCGGGAUUGUGCUCUCCUUGUUGGGCCUGGGGCUGUCUGCCCUGUCGGUUGAGUCACCGAUCUUCUACCUACGUCGAAACCAGGAAACCAUGGCGCGCCAGUGCCAGGAGAAGCUACUGGCCAAUUGCCCCAAUUGCGUCAGUAAGGCCCUCGACGAGGCCAGGCUCUACGUGGCGGAGAGCGACAGCCGGAGCCUGGGCGAGGAGCUGGUGGCCUCCGUGGGACCCUUUCUGAAGCUGCUCUUCUUCCGCUGCUUCGUCGCGUUCUCCUUCUCCCUGCCGCUGACCAUGUCGAUUAUCUCGAGCACCGCAGUGGCAGAGGGUUCCUCUAGCGGUUGGCCAUUGUAUGUGUUUAUCACACUGCGUCUGGUCGGCACCGGAGUAGCUCUUUGCUUCCUGGACACAUUGGGUCGCAAAGCGGUUUCCCUGGUGGGUCUGGCCUGCAUGGCCGGACUUAUGCUGGGCCUGGCAAUUUUGUAUUCCGACCCGCUCAAUAUAAUCGCCUGGAAACCCAUGGUCCAGGCCUGCAAUAUCGGAAUGGCACUCCAGGCAUUCGCCGGACUCUUUGUCUGCAGCUCGUCCGUCUACAUGGGCGAAGCCUUUCCCAUGCGGGUCAAAGCUUCUCUGGUCGGACUGAUCGUCAUCAUAGAGCAGCUCAUCCAUGUCAUCGUAAUCGCCUGCGUAAGCUUUGUGUCCAGUGAGGACAUCUACUUCCCGUACUUUCUGUCCGCGAGCAUAACCAUGCUGCUCGGCGUGAUUUUCUUUGCCGUCUCCUUGCCGGAGACGAAGAGAAUGACGCUGCGACAGGCUGGCCACCGCUUCCAGAGGUGGUAUGAUCUGAGCUUCUACUAGACGUUACGAUGCGGACUGGAAAACUCAUUAUACUUGUUCAAGUUUUCGUUUGUUUAUUUGUUAGUAUAGGUUAAUAAAAUCAUAUGGUAAUCAGCUCAUAAGUGGAAACAAAAAUAGAACCGUCCAGUGCGAAAAUAAAUAUUCAAAUUACUUGAAAUAAUUAAUGUGGAAUGAUGACAGCAUAGUCAGUUUUAAUUGCCUCCCUAAAUAAAAGAUUGUUCAAUAAUAUUGCUUAUGUUUGAAAACCCCCUUUUAUUGGGCGAAACAUUACUGUAGUACUGACUCUACUUUAAUUUAGUUUUUCCAUGGAAAUGACUAAUGAAUGUGCCAUGUGCCUAUUUGUGGUAAAUAG